UUUGUCUUUCUUUCUCUCUCUCUCUUCCCUCUGUCUCUCUUGACACCUUUCAUCGCCUCGAGCCGCGUCUCACUGUCUGGUCAUCAGCAUCAACAUCAACGGAGUGAGAUAAGCUGCUGAGCACACUGUCCUGCGGAAAAUUCUUCCUCUGCACUCUCGUAUGUCCCUGAAUCUUGUCUCAACGGCUUCCAAUCAACCAGCUGCAACCUGAUGAUUAUCCGGCACUACGCAUCCGCCUGGCAGUCCCUGGCCUCUCCUGAACUCGAUUCUCCUGGUGAUUAUUCCCUCCCGUCCCUCCUUUCUUUACCUUCUCCCGAGAAAGCUGGCUGUCUUGUGGACGUUUCUUGUUCGGCGCAAUUCGUUCUCUUUGUGCCUUUUCUUUAUGCUUUUUCUUUGCCGGUUUUGUUGACAGUGUCGUGCCCUUCUCUCCGACGCUCUCUGCUGGUUUGAGAUCGAGUUGUUAUUUGCCUUCACCCCUGAUCCGACAUCGACUCAUUCCCUACCCUAUCACCAUUUGGCACUCGCAUGUUGCGCAGGAGUGCAUCUUGGGUCAUAUCCUAGCCACCCUCGUCGACUCAUAUCUCGCGCUGAGAAUAAACCUUCAGUCCUCUCCUAUCCAAUGAUGAAAUAGUAGUACUCCGGCAGUCUUCUUUCGCUCGCAUUCAUUCGCAUUUCCCGUUCCUUGUCUACUCGUUCGUUCGUUCAAGGUAGACCGCGGCAGGUUAUCAUUACAUUCUUCGGCUGGCCUCCUUGAAGAUCCCUUCUCUCUCUUUCUCUCCCUCUCUCGUUUUUUCUCCGAAAAUGGUCGUCCCUAAGCCCCCUGUGAAACUUGAGGGUCACUGUUCUGCAAUUCAUGAAAACACUCUUUACGUCUACUCAGCCAAUGGCUUUGCGUCACUACCACUCCAGCUCAAUGGGACAUGGAGUAAGCUAACUAUGGGGGAGUCUGUAUCUGGUGCUGCAUGUGUGAAGGGAGGAGUCGAUGGCGACAGCAAUCGCGAGGCACUGUAUGUCGUCGGAGGAACCGGUGGUUCGUCUGACUAUUCGGGUGUCCAGAGAUACACCUUCGAUGACCGGCGAUGGGAGACCAUCAGCCUAACUACGCCAAUCACGCAAAAUCGCACUCACCAUGGCGUCGCCUUUUUGAAGUCCUCCUCAUCCAUCCUGGUGUAUGCAGGCUCUCAGGAGGACAGUACAACCAGCUCUUCCCAGACAUUUUCUAUUUUCACUGCGCCCCCGUACAAUAUUUCGUCCUUCGAAGGCCAAGGGGUGUCCCCCGCAUCAUCACCUGUCCUCUUGCCUUGGAACGACGAGGAGGCGGCAUUGAUGGGCGGUUCGACGUCGAGUAACAUUUUCCUUUUCGCCCAGGCUCGUGGAUGGCAAGAUUCUGGGUUAACUCUUUCAAAAACACUUUCCAGUGGAACCGGUUAUACGAUAUUGAGCAGAACCGACGGGAGCAAGGUCCUCCAGUCAUUUAACAUGGAAGUGUCACCUAACACAGUUAGCAGUGUACCUUUGUUAGGUCCCGAUGGUACAUCUUCCAAUAGAAUAGUGCAAGCUUUAUCCUUGAGAAGGAGGAAAAGAAGCACUACUUCUGACUCGUAUCCAGCCUACAAUGAUACGCUGGCCCCAACUACUACCAGGCUGGACUACUCGCUGGCCCAGGACGAGAGUAGCAACUUGGUCGUCAUCUCUGGCGGAGACGAUGCUGACCCGUUGGUUAUCUUCAACCAAACGUCUAACGGCUGGAUAAACGCGACAAAGCUGUUUUAUGGGGACGAAUCUCUGUCGCAAAUCCCUCUUCAGACCACUUCCACCCCCACCGCUCAACCUACAACUACCUCUACUCCCUCUACCGAGAGUACGGCCGGCGGCUCUCAUACAAAUGUCGGCACGAUUAUUGGCGCAGUCCUUGGCAGCCUCAUCGGAUUUGCAAUCCUGUUAUUGGCAAUACUGCUGUUCCUUAGAUACCGGCGCAAAAAAGCGGAUUUAAAGCGUGGUCGCGAGAACGAUGACCGACUGAGUUUCCAAGAUCGAGGAAUCGAGCCCCUUGCCGAGGCAGCCUAUCCUAUGGCUCGCAGCCCGGUUCCUGUAGCGGCGUCUUCAGUGGACUCGCUUGGGAUAUUUUCCGGGAAAAUCGGCAACGAAAAGUCUCUCCGACCGCCAGCCGCUAAUACCACUCCGAUGAAGAGUAGCCCAUUGAUUACCGUAGAAUCCGACCAGGCGGGCGAUGCAAAUUCCAAUAAUUUGGAAAAAUCAUUGGGCGUCGAAUCGUCCGGUCGGCCGGGGGAUAGGACGACGGACGUGAGUUGGAGCAAAUACUUUGAAGGCAAUGCAACCACGAACCUGGCGACACUUCAGAAUUCAGACUCGCCUACUGCUUCUAUUAUCACAAAGUCGGAUUACAGAGGCAGCGCGUGGCCUUCGGUCACACCGCUGGAUUUCGGGUUCCUUGAGCAGCCGAAGCCGUUGCGUAAGGUGGCUAGCGGCAGCCCGACAACGGAGCAUGCAGGGAUCGACGGGAAUAGCCGUGGACUAGUCAUUUUCGAAAGUCAGUCCGCGCGGAUCUCUAGCGCAGAGUCCAUGAGCUCGGAAGAAGACUAUUAUGAAAAGGAUGAUUUUGUGCCGGAUGACAUCCUGGCAAGUGCUCACGGAAACCGGGACACAUUAGGGACCGGGAGCUGGUUUGGCCGGCCGCCAAGCAGUAUGUACAGCCGGAGUGGGACGGAUCUGCCAUCGACAGGCGCAAGCGCAUCCGGUGGGCAACCAAGGCAAACGGGUGCGACGAAUGCGCUGGCGCGAAAAUCCAGUGUAUUGAUACCAGAUCAGUUGCCGGGCGUAAUAGGUGGCAAUGUCAAUUCGGAUUUGAGUUGGCUUGAUCUCAACGCAGGACGAUGAUGCCAUGAGUGGAAAUCCUUCCUGGCUUGGAGGGGGCCGAAAAUUGGAAAAAUAAGAAAAUCUUUGCAAAUAAUCCAUCCCAUUUAUGCAGGUAUGCCAAGCCGCGAAAUUAUGAUUCGGGGAGCAGCGAACUGCAUAGUACAACCAAUUCUUUUAGGUUCUCCUUAUGCGUCUUUUGCUACUCGAAAACAGUUGAUCUAUCUCUUGUAACGCGACCGGACAGAGUUCGGGAAAGCAUUGCAGUCUGACUACAAGGCAAAAGAGUCUAGGGCCUCUUUAAUGGGGGCGAAGGAGCUUUCGAUUACCUUGUGGGGCCGUCGCCUGCGACAGACCCUGUCGAGAGCAAAGUUACACUUGGGCUGGUUUUGAGUGUACAUGACUAUUACUUUUAUCCUGGCCGUCUGUCUCUCUUUGUUACUAUCGUUAAAAAAUUCCGUUUUGGAAGGUUUUCAGCGUGGAUCUUGGCCACUGCACUUUUUCUGUUUGUUUCCUGGCACUCUCUCUUUCUGGAUUGGGCGUAUUAUUGCCUUUUUUUUUUUUUUUUUUUGCUGUGUAUUAUUGCAAGGUGUGCGAUGGAGUUGGCAUUCUGACAGCUUAUUCAAAAGCGUCUGGGUAAAUGUUUGGGAAGCUCGCGGUAAUAUGCCAUCAUAAUAAUAAUAAUGGAU